AUGGCAAAAUUUCAAUUUACAAUUUUUGUUGUUCUCCUCACGUUCGUUGCUGUUACGACAGCAAUUUCCAUUAAUAAUGAACCAAUUAACCUUGAAAAAAGAACCAAAACGUGCCCAUCUGUUUCUAAAAGAAAUACUUUGAAUAAAAGAUACGAAGACACAAUUUGCAAAUGUUCACUCGCCGAAUCGAUUUUCAGUUCUUCAAUUAAGGGAUUGUUCUUUUUUUCACAAGACGAAUGCGGCAGCACUACAAUUUCAGGAAUGUUCAGCCAUGGAUUCGAGGUUUUUAAUACUAGCUGUAUUACAUUUGAAAUCGUUGAUAGUUACAAUCGUACCCUCUACGACCUCACGGAUGGAUUGAAUGUUCAAUUUAAUAAUGAUGGUAGUACAGAUCCUUUUGCGCAUACAUUUCACGAAAUCAAUUUGGAUUGUUUUGAGAAUGGUAUCCUAUUCCCACAAGUUGGAAAAAAUAGCAAACGCCAAGAAACUGGAGAUUCUGGCAAUAAAUCGGCGGUCAAGAACGAUGGUGAAAUAGUUGCAGAUCCGCUUGUUGAAGGUUUUCAAUAA